CAAUACUCUCCGACUUGAUAAUGCAACUCAACAACACCGAGAACCGGGAACUUAAGCCAAUAUGCCAAAUCAUCACUCCAGUGGGUAUGUUAGGCUACGGCUUCGACGAAGGCCUCACGCACUACGAACUCUCCCGCCUCGUACCAACCGGCAUCCCAACAGCUAUCAUCUUGGACUCUGGAUCGACAGAUAGUGGCCCGCAGAAACUAGCUUUGGGAUCUAUGUCUUGUCCAAGGUCAGCUUAUGCAAAGGAUCUUGCCAAGUUACUUCGCCUUGUUCAUACGUUUCGUGUGCCCUUGAUAUUUGGGUCUGCUGGUGGCGAUGGGACGGAUGAGCAUGUCAAGAUCAUGGGGGAGAUUAUUGAAGAGAUUUCAUCAGAAGAAGAGAACAAGGACUAUGUUUUCAACACGAUAACGCUCUUCUCCAACAUCAACAAAGCAACUAUCCUCAAACGCCUGAAGCAAGGCCGCCUGACAGGCUGCGGUCCCUGUGUCCCACCCGCAACAGAGUCCGAGAUCAACGAAUCUCUCCGCGUCGUCGCUCAAAUAGGCUACGAACCCUUCUUCGACGCCAUGAACGCCAAUCCCGACUUCAACAUCAUAAUCGGCGGACGAGCCUACGAUCCAUCCCCAUACGUCGCAUUCUGCGUUUAUCAACUGACCCGCCAGUCAAACCACCUCAGCAUCGAAGAGCUUCACGCUAGACUUGGAGGGUUCUAUCACAUGGGUAAGAUCUUGGAGUGCGGUGGACAGUGCUCAUUCCCGAAAUCUCAUGGUGCUGUUGCGACUGUUUAUGAGAAUGGUUUGUUCGAUGUUAGACCGACGGAUCCUGAGUCGAUGUGUACGCCUUUGUCUGUUGCUGCCCAUACGCUGUAUGAGAAUACGAGACCGGACGUUUUGCGUGGUCCUGGAGGGUCACUUCAUCUUGGCAACUCAAAGUAUGAGCAGCUGUCUGAUGGAAAGUCUGUGAGGGUGAGUGGUAGUGUUUAUCACUCGUCAGAAGCAGAUGGAAAGCCUUAUCAGCUCAAACUUGAGGCUGCACGUAUUGUUGGAUACCGCUCUAUGUUUAUGGGCAGUGUCAAAGAUCAUAUCCUCGUCUCGCAAAUCGACAAACUCCUCGCCCGCGUCAAAGUCUAUGUUGAUCAACAACAUCCCGAGAUCACAGGCCAGUGGAACCUCGACUUCCACGUCUACGGCAAAGACCAGUACGCACAAGCCGGACCAGGCCAACUCUUUAUCGUCGCUGAAGCACUUGCGUCAACGCAGCAGUUGGCCAACAGCAUUGCUUCGAAGGCACGAGUUGGAAUGAUUCAUGCACCAUAUCCAGGGCAGAAAGCGACUGCCGGCAACUUUGGCUUCGGUCUUGGUGGCCUUAUGGAGAUUGAGUUGGGCCCUUGCGCUGAGUUCUCGCUGUACCAUCUCAUGGACCUUGAGCCUGGCGAAGAGAGGUUGGCUCCGGGUGGUGAUGGGUCCGUGCUUGAGGGCUCGUUGCUGAGAGGCACUGUGUCUCGAGUUGGCAAAGGGGGCAUCAAUAGGACCAACGGGCACUUCACUGUGCCUGAGGUUGAAAGCAAGCCUCUGCAGCGGACGAGCGCAAGUCCCCAGCGCUCACCUAGUCCCCCAAACCAGCAUAUCCAAGAACCUGAGACGCUAUCAGACCUAUGUCGCAUUGUCCGAUCCAAGAACGCUGGUCCAUACGAGAUAACAAUAGAUGCCAUGUUCGCGUCGAAAGAAGCUUAUGAAGCGGUUAAGUCCUCUGAUCUUCUCUCAUCCAGCAAUGUUGCGAAAGCCAUCGGUAUCCCUGAAGAAGAUAUCAUCUGGAUUGGUUUCUUCGACCCUGCUAUCUCAUUCAAAGUGACCAUUCCCAGAAUCCGAUCAGGGAAGAAGAAAUCUGCUGGUGGAUUCAUGGAGAACGACAUCCAUGGGUCACAAGAGCACAUGGGCCUUGCAAGUCUCAAGCUUCCAGCAAGUUUCGCUCUGUAA